CUUUUAUAUUUUUGCGUGGAUAUCACAGUAGAUUUCGUUAUUUUUUAUUUGUUUAUAUAUUUUUGACCGUAUUUACUGAGCAAAACCCUCGAAAAGUCCUCUGUUUAGACAAGUAAAAUUUUGGAUAGGAUUUCGAUAGCCCAAACCCACACUCAAUACUGAGAGGAUAUGGAGCCAGGUUGUAGCUUUAUUACGCAAAGCUUUCGGUUGCUUGGUGAUUGUCUAACUCGUGGAGCUAUACCUAGUGAUGUUGUAGAAAAAGAAGAUUAUUGUGAUGAUUAUGAUUAUUGGAGUAAUCUUCCCGCUGAUAUUCUUGAGCUUAUCGUGGGGAAGUUUAGUUAUCUCCGUGACUAUUACAGAUUCAUUGCUGUCUGCAGAUCAUGGAGGGAUUCACUUAGUCAUUUCAAGAAGCCCUGUCUUCCCCUCACCGAAUAUCCGUUCCUUCUUCUUGCGGAAGAUGUUGCUCCAGGAGCUAUGCUUGAAUAUGACCCUAGUCAAGAUUAUAGUGAAGUAGAAGAUAAUAACGAUGAUGACGAUGAUAGUGGUGAUGAUGAAGGCGACAGUGAUGUUAGUGGUGGUGAUGAUGAAGAAGAAGAUAGCAGUGAUGAUGAUGAUGGCAGUGGUGAUGGUGAUGAUAAUCACGAAGAAGACAAUAAUGGUGAUGAUGAAGACAAUGACAAAGUAGAUGAUACCGAGGAAGAUGAAUAUGAUCAUAAUAAAAUUUCAGUCGGUAGUCGUCGUGGUUUCUACAGUCUUUUGACGGGAAAAACGUACUAUAUUGAUUUGCCGGAAGCUGCUGGAAGACUAAUAGUGGGGACCAAUAAAGGGUGGCUAGUAACUCUAGGGAGGGAUCUGCAAAUAAACCUUUUGUAUCCUCUCUUAAACUACCAAAUCUCGCUUCCACCCAUGCUUACCUUUCCUCUGCAAAUGCCCUACGAUGAAGACUAUGGGCCUGAAAAUUACUCCGACAUGUUUCUUUCAAAAGUUGUUGUAUAUUCCAGUGUACUCAACAUAAAUUCAGCUUUAGGAUUAUAUCCUCGCCAUGCUUGCCCUUCACCAUAUGUAAUGGCUAUAUAUGGGGACUAUUAUAAAUUAGGGUUUGCUAGAUUGGGAGACAAAGUUUGGACAGAUGUGUGCGUUCCAGCGUUCAACUUCAGUGAUAUUGUUUACCACAAAGGAAAUGUUUAUGCAGUAAACUGCCAUGGGAAUAUAUUUGUGUGUGGUUGUGAUGGUGAUGAAGAGGGACGACACAUCAGGGGAAGAGAAAUUGCAUGGCUUGAAAGUAAAGAUUGGGAAAAGAAGUACUUAGUUGAACCAACAUCAGGAUCUGGUCUUCUGCUACUUGUGCGCUACCAUAAGAGAUUGCGGUUCAAGUACCGCACUACUCAUUUCUCCGUGUGGAGGUUGGAUUUGAAUUAUUCUGAUUCUUUUAAAGAUAUUUCAUGUUCUUUGAAACAAGAGAAUGACUUGGGGAACGAGUCAAUUUUUGUCGGCAAUGCUUCAUCCACAGCUGUAUCAUCGUCAGAAAUUAUAAAGCCAAACUGUAUCUAUUUUACGGACGACAACAAGGAACCCUACUACCAUAAAGGAGGCGGCCAUGAUAUGGGUAUUUUCAGCAUGGAGCAUCACACAAUUGAACCUCAUUUUCAAGGAAAAUCAUACCAUCCUGUCUCCCCUCCUCUUUGGUACAUCUGACAGGCACCUGUUUUGUAGAUCUGCAAUUUGCGUAGGGAGGCGGAAUACUAUAUCGUCUUUCAUUCUAUAUAAUAGUUGUUAUUUUAAUUAAUUUAUUUAUUUUCAUUUGUCACACUAAAUAGUUUCUUGGGGAAGGAUAUGGCUGUUCUUCAUACAUUAAGUUUUAAUAUUGUAGUUUCACAAGUUCUCUUAA